AUGUCCAAGGCAUCGCAGCCCGAAUUGAAGAAGUUCAUGGACAAGAAGUUGUUCGUCCACCUGCAGGGCGGCCGGAAGGUGUCCGGCACGCUACGCGGGUACGACCUCUUCCUCAACCUGGUGAUCGACGAGGCGCUCGAGGAGACGACGCCAGGGCAGAAGCAUCCCAUUGGGACAGUGGUCAUCCGCGGGAACAGCGUCACGUCGAUGGAGACGCUCGAGGCGAUACGAUAG